UGCAGAGAAAGAGGAGAGGGGUGGGAAAGUGCAUGCGAGUGAGGCAGACACUGGGUGGGAGGAUUCAUUCCCCACAGCGACUCUCAGUUUCUCAGGAUUUCCCUUCCCGGACACUGCUGCUGCUGCUGCUCUGAGUAUGUUCUCUCCGGGGUCAUACUCUUCCAUAUCUGGACUUGGAUUUGGCCAAACAAUGAAGAGUGGACUGCGAUGCCAAGUUUAAACUUAACUGUGAACGCUCAAUUUACGCUUGAAUUGUGGACGUGAGGAUUACUUCCUAUUGUAAGAGUACGAGAGCAGCAAAAAGUGAUUGUUUAAAUGAUUUUAAACAUCAAGUAAGCCCCAUCAGUUUGUUUGGUUGUUUAAAUAGUUUCGGGGCAGAUCGUUGUUUCAACCGGAUUUUUUUAUUUUGAGCAAAGUUCAGUUUUUUCCAUCUUGACUGGACGGUCUGUUUAAAGUGGAUACCGCUGAGGUUAGAGAGUCAGAUAGUUCUCAGCUUGCAGAUAAAACAAGAAGUGUUUUUUUGUUUCCAGAGCUGAGGUUUUAGAGAUUGCUCAUGCGGUUUAGAAAUUGUAAUGGAGUGAUUUAUUUAUGAUCUCUAAUGCUGUUUUGCUAUUUUAUGGCAUGGAAGAUGAGAAGACCUGGGUUUUUCACGUUCUCUUCUUGGAUGUUUUGUUCAAUAAGCCUGUCCUAUUCAGUCUGACUUUAUCCUAGUAAAUGAGUGCAAACUCAUGAAAAUGGACACCGACGCUCUACCGCAUUGUUUUGCUUUUUCUAAAUGACAUUUUAGUCUAAAACCAAGAUGUGAUUUAUUAGUCCAUGCUACGCAGCGAAGACUGAUAGUAGCCGGAUUAAGAGGCUGAGUAGUAACGUGUGUCUUUUCCACUGUGAGCUCUAAAAGUCUCCUUUAACCUGAUCUAAUAAAUGGCUUGUGACACAGCUCCCAGUUUUUCUCAUGGGUCCAGAGAGGAAGAUUUUCCAUAUAUGUCAGCCUCCACAUAUUUUCCACUUCAGCAUCAGUGUUGACAUUAGAGGAGCCUUCAUCCAGCUGGUUCUCAUGCUGCUUCCUGGGCCUGGAGACAGCUUCAUGCAGUCACCCACUAACCAGGCCGGUUCCUGUUGCCUCUUGGCUCAUCCCUGUUGACACCGCUUGUUGUUGAAUAGAGCGCUAACUUGCAUCAACCCGAGCUUUCUUUCAUCUAUCCCCGGGGGCUUGGUUGGCCCUGAGUGGGCUCCUGCCUGUUCUGAAGUCAUGGGGAUCCAGGGCAUGGAGCUUUUCGCCAUCGGCGUGGUCAUCAUCCUUUUCAUGGCAGUUCUCAAGCAGUUUGGGAUCCUGGAGCCGAUGUCCUCGUUUGAAGAUGAUAGCAGCGACAGUGAUUUGGAGCUGUCGACUGUGCGUCACCAGCCAGAGGGGCUGGACCAGCUGCAGGCUCAGACCAAGUUCACCAGGAAGGAGCUUCAGUCUCUGUAUCGAGGCUUCAAGAACGAGUGUCCCAGCGGACUGGUUGAUGAGGAGACAUUCAAGUCCAUCUAUUCUCAGUUCUUUCCCCAAGGAGAUGCAACCACCUACGCUCACUUCCUGUUCAACGCAUUUGACAUGGACAGAAACGGUUCAAUCCGUUUUGAGGACUUCGUCAUCGGCCUGUCAGUGUUGCUCAGAGGUUCGGUCACCGAGAAGCUCAACUGGGCUUUUAACCUUUACGACAUUAAUAAGGAUGGUUACAUCACCAAAGAGGAAAUGCUGGCAAUUAUGAAGUCCAUCUAUGACAUGAUGGGGCGGUAUACCUACCCUUGCGUGCGGGAUGAAGCACCCUCUGAACAUGUCGACAAGUUCUUUCAGAAAAUGGACAGGAACAGAGAUGGUGUAGUGACUAUUGAAGAGUUCAUUGAGACCUGUCAGAAGGACGAGAACAUCAUGAACUCCAUGCAGCUGUUUGAAAAUGUGAUAUAAGAAUCUGGACGUCCUCAGCUGUUUUCCUUCAUUAGCACAACUCACAUACAAACAGAGCAAAGUCAUGCACCCCACCCAAUGCCGCAGACUCCACAAUAACGUAAGACACCCUGAUACAUAAUGUAGCUCCUGUGAAGAUGCAGGGACUAGAGGUUUUUCUAUUUCUCGCCAAACUCUUUUAAUGGUAUCUUGUGACUGUUUCUGGAUUACAAAAACUGCCUCAUGUCAAAGGAGACAUUCUUGGAUGACUUUUUUGUCCUCGGUGGCUCAACAGACAUGCUGAUUGUGCUUUGAUCAGCGGACAAAAGCCACAAGGAACGAAGAGGCUCAGAGAAAUUGACAAACUACAUGGAUACUAACUUUAACAAUAACAUACAGUAUAUACACUCACAUAUGGAAAAACCUGCUGUUUCCUCAGAGUUUUUAUAGCACUGGAUGGAGAAAAAAAAUCACAGUGAAAAAAAAAAGACAUGAACUAAAGCAUGUUUGUCAUCAGAUAUGUCAUGUGGAAUUAGCUUGCACUACAGUUUUAUGAUUAUGUAUUAUAUGUGCCUGAAAUAAAGGCACUGUAGAUACCUGCACCUGAUAUACCACUGAAGAAAACCAGUGUAUAUGUAUAUACAUGUAAAGUUAAUAAUUAUAUCUAAUGCAUUGUGUUGGUCUAAUCUGUGCUCCACCAUGUGAUGGAAUAGGACCAGUGCUCAAUAUUUGUUUAAGAAAUUUCAAUGUUAAUCACUUAAAAAAAUGGUUAGUAAGCGUCAUUGGAAUUUGGGAUAUUUAAAUGUUUCUCUCAUUUUUUUAUUUUUGUUUUGGAAGAUUAUGUUCGCUGAUCAGAUUACAAAAAUGAGUAUUUGCACAACCGUGAAGAAAGACACAUCAAACAAACUUUUUCUUUAGUAUCUGUGAGCAUGCUGACUCCACAGUCCCACAGUGUCAUGUACAGUACAGUAGGACCUUUGUGAUGUCAGGUAAUUAAAGAUGCUGUCUACAGGUG